AUGGUGAAAAUAAAAAAUCGUUAUUAUGUCAUUCGAAUGAUCACUAAUUAUGGAUCUCAACCAACUCCAUUCAGACCAGCAAUCUUCAAAGAAUUCAUGAAACUUGCAUCUGAAAUGUUCGGAGAUUUUGGUUAUUCCAUUCUUAAAAUGAGUCUUUCGGUGAGAGUUCUCGACGAAGACGUCAUUGUUCUUCGUGUUGCUGAAGGAGGUAACAAAUAUUUCGGAGCCGUUCUUCCAUGUGUUCACAAGAUUGACAAGCAACCAAUGGUAUUGCAAACCAUUUUCAUUGGUCGAAGCAUGAGAUCGUGUGAGAAGCGGCUAAUCGAAACAAGACGAGAUGAAUUACAUUCUGCUCUCAAAAAUUGCACAACUACUGAAACUCGUACUCAGCUUUUGGGAGCAGUUCAACAAAUGUGUGGUCAACCAGCUCGUAUUUUUACUGACGAACAAAGAGGAGACAAAACUAACAGCUGA